GAGAAGGGGUGGUCGGAGGACGAGUGUCCCGGUGACGGGUAGAAGCAUUGAGGGAUCAACGGAAAUGCGGCCACCCAGCAUGCUCCUUGCCUCGAUGCCGACCUGCCCAGAAUAUAAAGCUGCACCGCCGUCUCCUCUCCCCACAGGGUUCUCCAUCAGUCCCCGUCUUGACGCCCGCCGGACACGGUAUAUAUACCUAUCCGACUUCCUCCCACAAUGGCUCGCAAGACUCUCCGCAGACUGUCCUCCACCAUGACCUCUGUUCUCAAGUCCCUCGGCGAUGAGUCCAAGACCAUCACCUCCAUGACCGAGCCUCUCAACAUGGACGGUGCACACCCUUUACCUUCCACACUAACCAAGAAUAUUCAAGAACUCGUUCAGUUCAUUGACCAGGGCCCUGCCUUCACGCCCACCGACCUGCCGGCAUACAUUGAUGCAGUCAGGAAUCUGAACGGCGUCGGUCUUGACGACCGGAAGUUCCUCCUGGAGAAACUACUGACUCUCAUGGCGAGGCUCCCGAAAGACCUGUUCUCACAAAAGCUGCAGGAGUUCGUCAUUCAAAUCCUAUACAAGGACCUCCCUCAUCCUCCUAGUGGUUAUCUGUCUGUCCAAUCGCCGAACACGUCUGCGUCGAAAAUUGCACCUCCCGAAUGGACUGUUCCUUACGCCUUCCGUACCGCUGAUGGUUCAGACUACAACCCAUUCGAACCCACCAUGGGCAAAGCUGGUUCCCCCUACGCCCGCUCUGUUCCCUCUAUUCACCCUCUCAAUCCCGCUGCCCUUCCUGCCCCGGAGCUAGUUUUCGACCAGCUUCUCAAGCGUGAUAAGUUCGUUGAACAUCCCGGCGGGAUCAGCAGCCUCUUUUUCGCCUUCGCGGACUUCAUCAUUCACUCGAUUUUCAAUACCAAUACGAGAGACUGGACGAAGAACGAUGUCAGCAGCUAUCUGGAUUUGAGUCCCUUGUACGGGAGCUCGGAUGAUGAUUUGAAUAAAGUGAGAAGGAAGGAUGGCACGGGGAGACUCUGGGACGAUGUUUUCGCGGAUUGGAGGUUGCUAAACAUGCCCCCGUCCGUUGGCGCGCUGAUCGUUCUGUUCAAUCGUAACCAUAACUUCAUUGCUGAGCGGCUCCUUGCCAUCAACGAGAACGGCAACUUCUCCAACCCACCUCCUUCUGAUGCCAAGGCGCUCGCAAAGCAAGAGGAUGAGCUAUUCCAGCGCGCGCGUCUCGUCAACUGCGGCUUCUUCAUGAAGGUCAUCUUGGGCGACUAUGUCGGUGUUAUCCUUGGUCUCGUUCGUGAUGGCUCUACCUGGCGUUUGGACCCGCUUUCAAACUCUCGUGACGCGCUCAGCCACGAGGUCACGCCCCGUGGCGAGGGCAACGUCUGUAGUAUCGAAUUCAACCUGCUUUACCGCUGGCACGCGGCGACGAGCCAACCAGACACACAAUGGACAGAAAAACUGUUCUCUAACCUGCUUAAAGGACUAGACCCUGCCACGAUCACCGUCGAGGAGUUCCGAAAGGCCGCCAGCAAGUGGAGACCCGACCCCGACAUCAAAAAAUGGACGUUCGACGAACUGCAGCGCGAUGCCAACGGUCGCUUUUCGGACGCAGACCUGGGACGUAUCUUGCUCGAUGCGACCGAGUCCCCUGCGAGUGCUUUCAAAGCCCGGGGAACACCGGAGGUGUUGAGGGUUAUCGAGCUGCUUAGUAUCGAGCAAGCUAGGACGUGGGGAACCUGUUCCAUGAACGAGUUCAGAACUUUCAUGGGCUUGAAACCGUACGCAAGCUUCAAGGAAUGGAACACCGAUCCGGAGAUCUACAAAGCCGCCGAGACAUUGUAUCACGAUAUCGACAACCUCGAGUUACAUGUCGGUAUGCAGGCUGAGGAGGCGAAGAAACCUAUGCCAGGUGCAGGAUUGUGCCCCGGUUACACCAUCUCCCGCGCUAUUUUGUCCGACGCCGUCGCUCUAACGCGAGGAGACCGUUUCCUGACUGUCGAGUUCACUCCGUACAACCUAAGCAACUGGGGGUACCAAGACUGCCAGUAUGAUGACGAAGAUGGCACGUAUGGUGGUAUUCUACCAAAGAUGCUUUACCGCCACCUUCCAGGCUACUACCCUGUUGACUCGGCUUAUGCUAAAUUCCCGUUCAUGGUCCCAAAGACCAUGAAGGGGUAUGCAUCCAAGCUACCAGACCAAGUCGACGCUAAGUAUUCGUGGACGAGACCCUCACCGCCGACGGGACCUCCCAUCGUCGUUACUACUUACGCGGACGUCAGCAAGGCCCUCGCUAACAACAAUGAAUUUGUGAGCGAGACUGGAAAGAAGGCUGAGGUGCUGGCGAGGGGAAUACCUACCGAUCCGGCUUUGGUUGAGAGGGUCAUUCUGGACCAGAAGGUGGUCGAUAACGCGGCGACUAAAAUGGAGGAACUGGUCAAGAUGCUGAUCGAGAAGAACACCAUGAAGGGUGUCGCUGGCAAAACACAUUACAUUGACAUCGUCAAGGACGUUCUCAACGUCGCUCCCGUCCACUGGAUUGCGAACGAAAUUAUUGGCCUCCCAAUGAAGACGGACCUCAACACAUACGGGGUGUUCAGAGAUCACGAGCUUUACGGAAUGUUCUCAAAUGUCUGCAGCUACCUCUACUUGAACCAGGACCCUGGCUCAGACUGGACGUUGCGCGAGCGUAGUGCAGAGGCCGUCACGGAACUCUCCAAGUACCUUCGGCUCCAUCUUGCCAAAAUCACCCGCGGAAACUUCCAUGUUGAUUCCUUGAAGGACACCUUCGGACAAUGGGUCGCUGGCAGGAACGACCAUAGCGAGAGCUUCCUCACCGAUCUCGCGAAGGCUGCGGGUCGCAAGGACAACGACUCGACCUUGGACAAACUGACGGCUAGCUUGAUCUUGGAAGUCGUGCCGACUGCGCCGUUAUUCUCGAAGGCGUUGACCCACGUCGUCAACUUCUUCUUGCAGGACGGCAAGGUCGAUCUCAAGGCAAAGGUGGCUGCAUUGGCCAAGAACAAGACCCCCCAGGCAGAUGCGGAGGUUAUGAAGUUUGUGUAUGAAGCCCUCAGGAUCGACCCUCCAAUUUCUAGCAUUACGCUCAAGGCGAAAGGGCAGACUUCUUUUGCUGGACAGAGCGUCCUCGCCGGCCAGCCCGUAACGGCCAGUCUGAUUGAAGCAAACCUGGAUUCCUCGGUGUUCUCAGAUCCCUCAGCACCCAACUUCACCAGAACCGCGACUAAACCAGGCAUCUUUGGCUUUGACCAAAAGGGUCUGCUGGCGACGAAGAUAUUCGAACGUGUGGCUCCACGCGUCCUUCAUGCGAUCUUUGAUCUCCCCGAGCUCAAAUAUGGGCCGAAGCCUUCGGGCAAGUUGAGCAGGUUCACUCAGACGAUAGGCGGUGUUCCACAACAGAUGUAUAUCGACUUCAACGGGAAGCUGACGAACCUACCUACCUCAAUGCUUGUUCAGUAUGCCGCGUAAAUCUGAUUACUUGUCGUUACAUUGUAUGUGAUUCGUUUCGGACUGGACGUCGCCUUUGCAUUCUACUGUUGUUCCUUGUUCCGUUCGUACCCUUGGAUAUUGUAAUCUUUGUUGUUUUCCUGACAGUCUAAUCGCUCUUACCUGUUGCUUGUUGUCCUUUCCCGUAGUAGUUUAUGUACCUGUUUUAUGUACUCGAAUUACAUAUUUUAUCACUCCUUCUG